AUGGCGGAAAUUAUCCUCAUUACAGAGGUGGAUAUUCUCAAACAGUUGCUGGAGAAAUGGAAGCCUUUGUUUGACCAGUCACGUGACGGAGUCUUGUUUCAGUAUGACCCCUACCGGCGGGGAGAGAUCGCCAUCGAAGACUUCAUGUUCCUGCUGCGCCACCCCCAGGUCCGGGCCGAGCUUGACCCCCACACCCUGACGGUCCUGGAGAUCAAGGCCGCGGACCCCCAGCGGAGUUCAGUCAGUUACCAGGAGUUUGUCAACAUGAUGAGCUGCAGACGGAACGACAGCUUCCGGUUGGCUGUGGAGAGUCGUGAGGCCGACCCCUGGAACAGGUCCCUCUACCUCAGUGACGGGCCCUACCUGACGUGCUUCCAGAAGAUGGUCCGCCGCAUAGCCCGUGAGUUCCUGACGGACGACGCCGACCGUCAGUUCUACGCUGACCGUUACACCUGCUGCCCACCCCCCAUCUUCAUACCCCUCAUCACAUUGCUAGAGGUAGGAUGCUUUGUCUACUACUGUAUGGAGUCCCGAAUGUUCACCUUCAACGGGCCAGUCCCUGUGGCCAGUGUCUUCAUAUACAGACCCGACAAACGUCUCGAGAUGUGGCGCUUCCUGCUGUACAUGAUGCUGCAUGCUGGCUAUGUGCAUCUACUAUUUAAUGUAAUAGUCCAAGUUCUAGUUGGUGUACCUUUAGAGAUGGUCCAUGGUCCAUUUAGGAUAGCCCUGGUCUAUAUGUCAGGUAUCCUGGCAGGCUCUUUAGGAACCUCAGUGUUCGACAUGGAAGCAUUCCUAGUGGGAUCAUCUGGUGGAGUGUAUGCACUGCUGGCAGCACACUUAGCUAAUGUAUUGUUGAAUUAUUCUCAUAUGGAACUUGGGGUCAUCAAACUAGCUGCUGUUUUAAUUAUUGCAAGUGCUGAUGUUGGUUUCGCCAUCUGGAAUCGCUAUGCACAAAAAGAUCCCAUCCCUCCUAUAGGAUACACUGCUCACCUGACCGGUGCUCUAGCUGGGCUGACCAUCGGCCUGGCCAUCUUGAAGAACUUCCAGCAGAAGCUGCACCAGCAGUACAUGUGCUGGGUGGCCCUGGCCGUCUACCUCGGUUGUGUGGGGUUCGCCAUUUUCUGGAAUGUUUUUUACUAUUAAACAACGCACAUUUUGUAACAAAAUAUUUGUUGACCAAUUCCUUGUGAUUUAAUGUUGCUGGGACCAAGGCAUACAACUCAUCCAAUUACACACUGGCUUCAUCUUUUUAGUCCUCUGGAAUAAAAAAAACUCUAAAAUUUCUUGGACCAUUUUGCUAACAAGUGGAUUUUGGAAAACAUUUUCAUUUGAUCUGCUUAAAGGAAAAGGGGUAGGCCUACACACACACUUUUUGUUGCAGAAAUGACAAAUAUGUGUUAAUAAAAAAACAUGGAUUAAAAAUGAAAGUGAACAAUACAAAAACAACUUUGUGGCUGUGAAAAAAGGGAGACAACUUUUGUUUCAACCAAAGACAACUUAUACUCACUACUGGUGUGCCAUGGGUAGUUUUCUUAAUUAUUUUUUGUCAGUUUUGUUUUGUUAAAAAUGUGUAUAGACUAUUGCCUUUUUAAAAAUAUUAUUAUGUAUUUUGUUUAGAUUUCUGACAAUGUUUUUAAAUAUUACAUGAAACCUUACAACUUUUAAAUAAAAAUAUCA